GACGCUCGAACUUGCCACGUAGGCUUCUACGUCGGUCAAUCGCUUUUGUGGGGGGGAGAGAGGGCGUUUUGUCGUGAGCUGGUUUUUGGAAAAGAAUGUCUAGAUAGUUUUUAAACAAAUACUUAAUAAAUAAAUAAAAAUUGUCUUCUAAAUAAGUAAUUUACAGAUAGCUUGCAUACAUUUUGUAUUUAGUUUUGGGUAUGGCUUACCAACAAGGAUAUCGACCCAGCCCCAAGCACCGAGCUCCCCGUGGCCCCGCCCCCGCCAUGGGCGGUCCCACCCAGCUGUUCGACGACACCAGCGCGGGGAUGCCCCCUCAACACCCGGGGGGCUACCCCAGCCAGCCGGGGGGCUACCCCCAGCAGGGCUACGACAUGGGGGGCUUCAGCGUGGACAGCAUCUUCACGGACCCCGUGGCGAACGUAGCGAUGGCGUACGGCUCCAGCAUGGCCAACCAGGGCAAGGAUAUGGUCAGCAAAGAGAUUGACAGAUUCGUCUCGAUCAACAAGCUGAAGUAUUUCUUUGCUGUCGACACAAAGUAUGUGAUGAAGAAACUGGCUCUGCUCAUGUUUCCAUACACGCACCAGAACUGGGAAGUGCGUUACCACAGAGAUUCCCCCAUGACUCCAAGACAUGACGUCAACGCUCCUGAUCUCUACAUCCCCUCCAUGGCGUUCAUCACUUACAUCCUCUUGGCUGGGAUGGCUCUGGGGAUACAGAAAAGGUUCUCUCCGGAGGUGCUGGGGGUGUGUGCCAGCACGGCUCUGGUGUGGAUGAUCAUCGAGGUGCUGGCUCUCUUGCUCAGCCUCUACCUGGUCACAGUGCACAGCGAGCUCACCGCCUUCGACCUGCUGGCCUACAGCGGCUACAAGUAUGUGGGAAUGAUCCUCACGGUGGCGAGCGGGCUCUUAUUCGGGAGCGAUGGUUACUAUGUAGCCCUGGCCUGGACCUCCUGUGCCCUCAUGUUCUUCAUAGUGCGAUCCCUGCGCAUGAAGAUUCUGGCCACCGCGUCGUCCGAGGGCGUGGUCAGCCACAACGCCAAGAACCGCAUCCGGAUCUACAUCACCGUGGCGACGGCGGGAUUCCAGCCGCUCAUGAUCUACUGGCUGACCUUUCACCUCAUCAGAUGAGGAGGGGGGGGCGGAGCUGGACUGGCCACACCCCUGACUCCUCCUCCUCCUCCUCCUCCUCCUCACCCCCUCACCUCCCCUGCUUGCAAAACAAACUUUUUUGGGGAUUGAAAAGGAGAAUUUGCGUGCUUUAUUUAAGUGAACAUGUCCCAGUGUUUUUUUGUUUUUUUUUAUAUAUAUAUAAAGGUGGCUGUUUAAUUUCUCACUCAUGUAGGUUAACCCUGUGUUAUUGAAGAUGGAUUGGUAGUGGUUUAACAGAUGUUUGCAGACAGGGGGCGCCGCAGGGCGCAGUCUCAUGCUGGAGCACACAAGAGAGGGGACGCAGAAUUCAUCUCCCGGCUAUGGCAGGAACGUCCGCGUCGUGUGUGUGUGUGCGGGACUCGUAGCUCCCGCGAACCUUUUUUAAAAGAUGAAUCGUGCGUCCCGCAGGGAGAGUGGCCCGGGUGUGGAAUAUCAUCACAAUGAUUUGUUGAAGCGUUCCAGUGGGGAUAGAGGAGGGUGAGGCAUCUCUUUACAUUUCUCGGAUAAUGUUUGAAAUUCAACAGCGCUGGUGCAUGCAGGUAGGUCCCAGCCCUGCAGAGUCUGCAUUUUUAACAGGAGUUUGGGGGUUUGCAUUAAAAGUCACAGAGUGUUUUUCUUUUAUAUAAAAUUUUUUUUUUUUUCAUUCUCAUUUACCACAAUAGACAUUUAACAGGCUUUAGAAGUUUUGUAAAUUGAGCGUGGAAUUGAUUUUUUUUUAUUAAUAAUAAUAAUAAUAAUAAUAAUAAUAAUAAUAAUAAUAAUUUUGGAUUUAGCAUUUCAAAAGAAAACUAGUGUUGGCUAAACUGUUUAAAAAGCCUGCCCACGCUUUAAACGUGAUUUUUUUUUAUAUAUAUAUAUAUAUAUAUAUAUAUAUAUAUAUAUAUAUAUAUAUAUAUAUAUAUAUAUAUAUAUACAUAUACACAUGCGCGCACACACAAGGAAAUGAAAACCCACAGUUAUUAGUAAUAGUCUCUUUGGCAACUGCCUUUAUCCAAGACAGCUCGAUCCAGUCCUGGUUUCACUAGGAGUUUAAUAAUCAGACACACCUGAGCUUGUUAGCUAGACACACUGGGGGCUGAUCAAGCUGGUAGCAGUAAAACCUGGAACGGAUCACACUGCUGUGCGAUAGGAGUCUGAUUCCCAGCCCUAUAAUUUGUGCUUGGUGUUUUUAAACACUGAAUAUUUUGCAGUAUUUUUAUAUUCACCAGGCGGAUACGAGAACAUUUUCGGUUUUUAACCGAGUUCAGAUUUUUUUUUUAAUUGUAUUAUUUUAUUUGUUUCUCAUGUGUAUUUUUUAUUUUUAAAUAAACUACACAACUGCA